CUAUUGUUAACGAAGGAGGGUGGCUUGCGUUUGGGUGGGAUUUGAAUGAUGGGUUGGGGGAAAUUCGCGGUUUUGAAGAUAGGGGUAGUUCUGGGGUUGCUUCUUCUUCUUCUUCUCGAACGGAUGGUUCAGUGGGAGAUUCGAGGGCCACACAUGGGCUUUGGAUGUUUGAAUUUGGAAAUGUUGUGCGCGAUUUUAAUCUUGCAGCUUGAUUCUAGCAGGAUGGAUGGAAGGGAGGAGUGACUUGAAAGAUAUAGACGAAGCUUGGGGGGAUUUUACUGCAUAAUUAUAAGGCCUUCAAUGUUGUUAUGGAACUGGAUGUUGGGUGAUGCAAAACCAACGAGAUAAUAAAUUCAAUGUAGAAGAAAUAAGAGUGUUGCUUUAGAUGAGUUGACAUACUAGAAGUGGUACGGUUAGGGUGCAUUGUAGAGAGUCUGGUGAACCUAUUAGAGGAAGGAUGGCAGAAGCUUACCGUAGGUAGAUUAAGCAUGUGUGGAGAAAACAUGUGGAAGCCGCCCCAAGUGGGGAAGGUAAAUCAAACAAAGGGUAGCCCAAUUGCUAGAGGUAGAGGGAGACCCAAGCUAUAGGGAAAACCAUUGUGUGAGAAUUAGGUGACAGUUGUUUCUCUGUAGAUAUGAUUUAUGUCGAAACAUUAUGGUGUCGCUUAAUCAAUGUGGCCAGUGGGGGAAGACUUUGUUGUUGUUCUUUUAAGUGUUCACUGUUUAUUUUUCUUGCCAUUGUACUGUUCUGUUCCUAUUGCCCAAUAGAUCAAUUAUAUGUAACUUCAAGUGACCAGCGGUAUCCUGAGUGUUACUUUCUGUUAUACAGGAAAAUUGAAACUGGUGAAUCUGGCAUUAAGGGUAUAUUGAAUCGGUUGGAGAAACAAAGAAAUAGUGUUUUUGGACUUGACUUAAUAGAGAAAGAAGAUGAUGUUUUUAGCGAAAGUAAUGAAGAUAAAGAUGAACGGGAUCAUAGAACAGCAAUGAAUGCAUUAGCUGCUGGCCUUGAAAAUAGUAGUAGAGCGUCCUCAUUGAGCCCUACAAGCACUCAUCUCAGUGGUUCUCAGAUCAAACAUGAUCAGCAUGGAUUAGGUUCUGAAAAUUUAAGAAACUCGCAUGAGCCACAGAUGUGGAGAAGAUGGAUUAUUCAGAGAACUGGUGUUUCGGAUGCAGAUUUUGAAGAUGCUGAAAUUGUUCCUGGUGAAACUCAGAAAGGAGGCAUCAGUGGUGCUUCCGGACAACCUGAUAUCCUCAACGGAAGGGAGCUUUCUUCUGAACUUAAAAACAAAGAAACAGGAUUAUAUUCUCUUGAUGGAAAUGCAAAUAACAAUGACAUUAAAUCCCGUAUACAGCAUCUGAAAUCGGAGCUAUCUUCUGUUCUUUACUUGUUGAGGUCUAGCACAGAUAUAACUGCAAUGCAGACGGACCCAAAGCACUCUUCUGAUAAUCUAGCAAAGCUUUCCAAUGCUUGGGAAUUCCAGGAAAAUGAGAUGAUAAAUGCUCAGGACAGGUUGCGUUCUAUUCGGGCCAAGUUGGCUGUGUUAGAAGGAAAUAUGGCACUGGCAAUAAUGGAUGCACAGAAAGUUGUUGAAGAAAAGCAGAAGAAGAUUAAUAAUGCUCAAAAAGCUUUGCAAAUGCUAAAGACUACUUGUGUAAUUUGGCCAAAUAAGGCCGAAGAAAUAUUUUUAACAGGAUCAUUUGAUGGUUGGUCCACCAAGAGAAAGCUGGAGAAGUUAAGUAGUGGUAUAUUUUCUGUGAACUUGCUGCUGUAUCCCGGAAGAUAUGAGAUGAAAUUCAUUGUAGAUGGAGAAUGGAAAGUUGAUCCGUUACGCCCUGUUGUUACCAGCCAUGGCUAUGAGAAUAAUCUUCUCAUCAUUAGUGAUUGAUGUAACAUAGAGUUAGCAUGAGAUAAUGUUUGUAAAACAUAGAAGAUGAUGACAUGCUCUAGGUUAGUCACCAAUUUUUUCCCCCAUUUUUUCGCUUUUGUACAAAAUAUUCGGCGAGUAGUUCAUUGAUUCUUUUACAAAUUUUUUACCGAAAUAAUAUUAUUUUAAAUUUUUUAUAUCUAAAUAGUAAUUGCGAAUUUAUUUACCAGACUAGUACUGUUUACUAUUCACGUUUAGAACGGGUCGUUCUGAUAUCAGAACGGGUCGUUCCAGAUUUAAAAUUAAGAUAUGAUCAGUGGAACCAAAAUAGGUCGUUCUGAAUACGGAACGGCCCGUUCUGGCCACUUAUGGGUCGACAUAUGGAACAAUAGUCGUGACACAGAUAGGAAAUAGAUGAAAUUGACCAUGUACCAUUCCAUAUAUUCUCGUGUUUGAAACAAUGAGCCUUGCAUUGGAAGACCCAUCAAUGUGUGUUCACGUUUAUUGUUCCAUAUGUCAGCUCAUCAGAAGUGGCCAGAAUGACCCAUUUCGGAUUUAGAACGGUUCGUUCUGAUUCCACUGAUCAUGUGUUAAUUUUGAAUCUAAAACGGUCCAUUGUGAUAUCAGAACGGCUUGUUUUGAUCCAUUCAUCAUGUGCUUUUUUUUACAUUUGGAACAGUCCGUUCUGAUAUCACAAUGGCCCGUGCUAAACGUGAAUAGUAAACGGUACUAGUUUGGUAAAUAAAUUCACAUAAUUGCUAUUUGGGUAAAUUUUUUCUAAAAUAAUAUUAUUUCGGUAAAAAAACUCUUCUUUUACUUAGUCCUUGUACCACUUUUAGAAGUAGAUAGCUUGAUUGUGUCCAACUAAUCCCAUUCAA